AUGAAUUUGAUCCUUACACUGACGGUAGUAGCCAGCGUGGCCCAGAAAUCCCUCGCUACGGUACCAUACUCCAAUUACAUUCUUGCUCCUGAAUCGCGAACAAUCUAUCCUCCUCGAAUCCAUCAGGUCAAUGGCACGCUCACCAAUUCAAAAUCCUUGAUUGGGGGACCGAAUGGUACAGCAACUUUCAAUGGCGUUUCUUCCAUAACUUUUGAUUACACCAAGAACAUCGGCGGUGUGGUUUCCGUCAAGGUGGGAAAGUCUUCUUCGCCAGAUGCGUUUGUUGGUUUGACUUACACUGAGUCGAGUUUGUGGAUCAAUGGGCAAGGAAGUGAUGCGACAGCAGAUGCGGGUCUUGACGAGGUGAUAUGGUUGCCGGUCGGCGAAGGUCCAGGGACGUAUACGGUUGAAAGAAAAUAUGAUCGCGGUGCUUUCCGAUACCUCAGCGUGGUGUCCAAUUCUUCUGCGACCAUUGAUGUACAGGGUGUCAGUGUUUAUUACACCGCUGCCCCGGCCCAAGAUUUGAGAGGCUACUCAGGGUAUUUCCAUUCGAACGAUGAGUUGUUGAACCGAGUCUGGUAUGCUGGAGCUUACACAAACCAAAUAUGCGCAAUUGACCCGAAAUGGGGAAACGCUCUAGUUCAUUUGGGGACUAUUACCAAAGACCAAAACAUCUCAUUGCCAGAAACAGUCACAUGGUACAACAAUGCAACCAUCACCGAAGGGCGCUCAGCAAUGACUGAUGGAGCGAAACGUGAUCGGGAAGUCUGGCCAGGAGACAUGUCAGUAGCACUUCCAAGUGUCUUUGUCAGUACCAAUGACUUAGAGUCGGUACGCAAUGCAUUGAACUCUCUCGUCUCACUUCAAAAUGCCACCACCGGAUUGAUGCCAUAUGCUGGGUUUCCAUUCAGCGAUCUCGGUAUCGUCAGUUUCACAUACCACUUGUAUACUUUGAUUGGGAUCUCUUACUACCAUCAAUAUUCUGGAAAUGUGACAUAUCUCCGCAGUCACUGGGAUAAUUUCAAACGUGGUCUGGCUUGGUCAUUGAGUUACAUCGAUGAGACUGGAUUGAUGAAUGUCACAUCCAGUGCAGACUGGUUGAGAGUUGGUAUGGGUGGACAUAAUAUCGAAGCGAAUGCUAUCCUCUAUUACACCAUCAAUCAAGGCCUCAAUCUAGCCUCCAUACUCAACGACUCUGCAUCUGUAGCUGACUGGGCACCCAAGGCGGACGCCAUAAAGGUAGCGGCCAACAAGCUGUUAUGGAAUCCUGCAACCAGUCUGUUCCUCGACAACGAAACUACAACUCUAUCACCACAGGACGGCAAUGCUUGGGCGGUGAAAGCAAACCUCACGCUCUCUACAGCUCAAAGUUCAGCAAUCACGAACGCACUUAAAUCUCGUUGGGGAACUUAUGGUGCUCCUUCCCCGGAAGCAGGCGUGCCGCUGACAAUCUCACCAUUCAUUGGAUCAUUCGAACUUGAAGCCCACUUCAUUGGCCAAGAGACUCAAGAUGCUCUAGAUCUUAUUAGACUGCAAUGGGGUUUCAUGCUCAACGAUCCACGUAUGACUAACUCGACAUUCAUGGAAGGAUACUCUGCCGAUGGAUCCCUCCAUUACGCACCUUACAAUAAUGAUCCAAGAGUCUCGCAUGCUCAUGGAUGGAGUACAGGACCUACCAGUCUGAUGAGUUUCUACAUCGCGGGCCUUCACUUGACAUCGAGCAUUGGUAGGACGUGGAAAAUUAGUCCAGCUCUUGGAGAUUUGACGGAUGUUGAUGCUGGGUUUGAAACUCCUCUUGGGAAGUUCUCUAGCACGGUGAGUGCUUGCAAUGGUACAGUUAAGGCGUUGAAAUUUGCGACGCCAAAGGGAACAAAGGGAAGUGUUUCUUUGCCAGGAGUGAAGGGCGAGUUGAUUGGGGGUACGCGCGGAGUCAUUGUGAAACUUGUAAAUGGAGAGGUGAAUGACUUGCCGGGUGGAGAAUGGAGACUCAGAUGUUCAUGA